CCCUCUCCUCAACAGCGUCCGGUCCGGCCCGGCCCAGACAGCCGAGCUAGUUGUGUAGACGCUGCGGCGGGACUGAGGUCUUCCCGGACGCGCACGGCGCGAGCCAGUGACAGAACUAUGGCGGGCGAGGAAGACCGCGGAGAUGGGGACCCGGUAUCAGUGGUGACCGUGCGGGUGCAGUACUUGGAAGACACCGACCCCUUCGCAUGUGCCAACUUCCCGGAGCCGCGCCGAGCCCCCACCUGUAGCCUGGACGGGGCGCUGCCCCUGACUGCGCAGAUACCCACGCUGCAUCGCCUGUUGGCGGCGCCGCUGAAGCUGGAGGACUGUGCCCUACAAGUGUCUCCCUCUGGAUACUACCUGGACCCUGAGCUGUCUCUGGAAGAGCAGCGGGAGAUGCUGGAGGGCUUCUAUGAAGAGAUCAGCAAAGGGCGAAAGCCUACGCUUAUCCUGCGUACUCAACUCUCUGUGAGGGUCAAUGCCAUCUUGGAAAAGCUGUAUGGCUCCAGUGGCCCUGAGCUCCGCCGUUCCCUCUUCUCACUAAAGCAGAUCUUCCAGGAGGACAAGGACCUGGUGCCUGAAUUUGUGCACUCAGAGGGGCUGAGUUGCCUAAUCCGCGUGGGUGCUGCUGCUGACCACAACUACCAGAGCUACAUCCUCCGAGCACUAGGCCAGCUGAUGCUUUUUGUGGAUGGGAUGCUGGGAGUGGUGGCCCACAGUGAGACUGUGCAGUGGCUGUAUACACUAUGUGCCAGCAUGUCCCGCUUGGUGGUGAAGACAGCCCUGAAGCUGCUGCUGGUGUUUGUGGAAUACUCUGAGAACAAUGCACCGCUGCUUAUCCGUGCGGUCAACUCUGUGGCCAACGCUACGGGCUCUCUUCCUUGGGCCAAUCUGGUGUCCAUCCUGGAGGAGAAGAAUGGUGCUGACCCUGAGUUGUUGGUGUACACAGUCACCCUCAUCAACAAGACACUGGCAGCACUCCCGGACCAGGACUCCUUCUAUGAUGUGACCGAUGCACUGGAGCAGCAGGGCAUGGAGGCCCUGGUCCAGCGCCACUUGGGCACCUCCGGUACUGAUGUGGACCUGCGCACACAGCUUGUGCUCUAUGAGAGUGCCCUGCGAUUGGAGGAUGGAGACAUGGAGGAAGCCGCUUCAGGUGGGCGGCGGGAACGCAGAAAGCCCUCUUCAGAGGAAGGCAAGAGGAGCCGCCGAUCUCUAGAAGGAGGGGGCUGCCCUUUGCGCUCUACGGAGCCUGGUCCCGCAGGCCCUGCCUCAACGGUUAUCUCCACCUACUCCACUGGCCCUGCCCUGUCGACAGGCCUGACCUCCAGUUUCCCAGGCCCUGCUUCUGGCCUCCUUACCUCAGUGAACCUCUUUCCUGCCAUCUCUGUGGGGUCCUCAGCUGACAGCUCCAGCGAGAGGAGUAUCUAUAAACUUCACCAAACUGCUCCUGUUUGGGCCCCUGAGAGCCCACCUGUCCCUCAGUCCCCUACUGAGCAGGCCAGGCUGGAAGCCCGGUUCCUGGAGAAUGUGGCGGCAGCAGAAACAGAGAAGCAGGCUGCAUUGGCCCAGGGCCGAGCAGAGACAUUGGCUGGGGCCAUGUCUGAUGAGGCUGAUGGACACCCAGAUACCCGGGAAUUAUGGGGCUCCCCAGAACCAGGCCCUGCACCCAGAACACCCCAGAGCCCUACCCCCCGAAGUCUGCUCCGGGCACAGCAGAGCCUUGAGCCAGAGCCCAAGGAGCCACUGGCCCCAACAAGCCCCAAGGCUGAGCCCAUUCAGGAAUUCCCUAUCCGUGUACCUAAGCUCUGCAUUGGAGACCUGGACUUCUCAGAUUUGGGGGAGGAUGAAGACAAGGACAUGUUGAACACGGAGGCUGUGGAGGCUGGAAAAGGGGUCCCACCCCCUCCACCCCUACUGCCUGCGCUCUCUGGAGGUGCCCCACCUCCUCCACCCCCGCCUCCCCCACCUAUCAAAGGCUCACUCCCACCACCUCCACCUCCGGCCACUCCCCUUCCUCCCUCAGCACCUGAUGGCCUAGCCCUCCCCACCAAGAGGAAGACAGUAAAACUCUUCUGGCGGGAACUAAAGCUGGCUGGGGGUCAUGAAGGCUCUGGGAGCCGCUUUGGGCCCUGCUCCACCCUGUGGGCCUCACUGGAACCUGUCUCCGUGGACACAGCCCGGCUGGAACACCUGUUUGAGUCCCGUGCCAAGGACGUGCUGCCUUCCAAGAAAGCUGGUGAGGGCCGCCGGACAAUGACCACAGUGCUGGACCCCAAACGUAGCAACGCUAUCAACAUUGGCCUAACCACCUUGCCACCUGUGCAUGUCAUUAAGGCUGCCCUGCUCAACUUUGAUGAGUUUGCUGUCAGCAAGGAUGGCAUUGAGAAACUAUUGACUAUGAUGCCCACGGAGGAGGAGCGGCAGAAGAUUGAGGAGGCCCAACUGGCCAAUCCUGACAUACCUCUGGGCCCAGCUGAGAAUUUCCUGAUGACCCUUGCCUCCAUUGGGAGCCUGGCUGCCCGUCUACAACUCUGGGCCUUCAAGCUGGACUAUGACAGCAUGGAACGGGAAAUUGCAGAGCCACUAUUUGAUCUGAAAGUGGGCAUGGAACAGCUGGUACAAAACGCCACCUUCCGCUGUAUCCUGGCCACCCUGUUGGCUGUGGGCAACUUCCUCAAUGGUUCCCAGAGCAGCGGCUUUGAGCUGAGCUACCUGGAGAAGGUGUCAGAGGUGAAAGACACAGUGCGACGGCAGUCACUGCUGCACCAUCUUUGUUCCUUGGUUAUCCAGAUCCGGCCUGACUCCUCUGACCUCUACUCAGAAAUACCCGCUCUGACUCGCUGUGCCAAGGUGGACUUUGAGCAGCUGACUGAGAACCUGGGGCAGUUGGAGCGUCGGAGCCGGGCAGCUCAGGAGAGUCUACGGAACUUUGCCAAACAUGAGCUGGCCCCAGCCCUGCGUGCCCGCCUCACGCACUUCUUGGCCCAGUGUUGUCGCCGUGUUGACAUGCUGCGGGUAGUGCACCGCCGAGUCUGCAACAGGUUCCAUGCCUUCCUGUUGUACCUGGGGUACACGGCCCAGGCAGCCCGUGAAGUGCGCAUCAUGCAGUUCUGCCACACGCUGCGUGAGUUCGCACUGGAGUAUCGGACUUGCCGGGAACGGGUGUUACAGCAGCAGCAAAAGCGGGCCACGUACCGUGAGCGCAACAAGACACGGGGCCGCAUGAUCACUGAGACAGAAAAGUUCUCCAGUGUGGCUGGGGAAGUCCCCAGCAACUCAUCUGUCCCAGUGGCCGUGGGCAGUGGGCCAGGGCGGGGUGAUGCUGACAGUCAUGCCAGCAUGAAGAGUCUGCUGACCAGCAAGCCAGAGGACACCACACAUGGCCGCCGCAGCAGAGGCAUGGUCCAGAGCACCUCCCCAGUCAUGCCUACAGCAAUGGGGCCCUCCACUGCACCCCCAGAAGAAUCCCCAGGCUCCAGUUUACCCAGUGACACUUCAGAUGAGAUCAUGGACUUGCUGGUACAGUCAGUGACCAAGAGCAGUCCUCGUGCCUUAGCUGCUCGGGAACGCAAGCGGUCCCGUGGCAACCGCAAGUCUUUGAGACGGACAUUGAAGAGCGGGCUCGGAGAGGACCUGGUGCAGGCACUGGGACUGAGCAAGGGUCCUGGCCUGGAGGUGUGAAGACACUGCCUCUAGGACAUGGAUAGGCCUCAGCCUGCAAGGCAAGAGACUAGAGAGUGAGGAGGAAUCAGAGCAGAACUCUGGGUCUUUUCUCAACCCCAGGGACACUGUGUGGACAGUGCCUUAAACAGUAUUAGCUGUGUGUGCAAUUGUGUGUUUGUGUGUGUAUAUGUACUUGUAUGAGCUCCCUGAAUACAUGGAGUAUAAUAAAGUUUUCCUAGCCAAUUCAA